AUGAGCAGCAGUGAACCAGAGUACGACCCCGUCUCUACUAACAUUAAGAACAGCCAGAUGCCUGGAAGCCACGACAAAUCCCUGCCCCGAGGAGGUGGAAGUCUGGGCUCGGUGCGCGCGUCCUUCCCGCGCGUGGCGCCGCCGCGGGGCGAGGGGCCGCGAAGGGGGGGAGCAGAUGCGCGCGCACCGGGCUUUCGCCGCCACCGCCGCCAUUUUGUUUCCUCGCACAAUGGGGGCAGAGUAACGGCUGAGGGCGGGAGCGAGGCCGGCGCGAGAGGAACGAGCCAGGAGCAGGGGCAAGAGAACCAGGCGAAAGCGGAGGAUCUGCCGACGCCACCCUUCUGCCACAGCCCGCCGGGGUCUACCCCCAAAAGCCACGCGGUGCGCGCCGGGCUGCUGAGUCCAACAGCAAUGGCGAGAAGAGGAGGAGGAGCCGGAGCCGGGGGCGAGCGAGCAGGCGCGCGCCAGGGGGGUGCGGGAGCACGUGACCGACCGGAGUCCCGCCCCCUCGCCGUCGCUUUGCGGCAGGACGCAGGCCCAGCCUGA